UGUCUGGCGGGCGCGCAUGAGACGCGGCACUUUGCUCGCCUGCCUUGCUGAGAAGAAGCGAGGCGCGUCGCGAUCUUAAAUUGACGUGUGUGUCUGACCUGGAACUCCUCCAUUGCGCUUGCCUUCUUGGCCCUUACCCGCCCCUCCCUUUCCCCCUUACCACUUCCAUCCUCCGGCAUCUCCUGAAACACGCACCUACGCUCACUUCCACGACAUCACGACAGAAGAUUGCAAGAGAGUACAGUUGUGAUCUCCUACCUGUCCUCCCCUCUUCGGACCUCUUCACAUAAUGGCCAGCUACGAAUUGCCCGUGAUACAGGAUGAUCUCGACAGAGAUCGUACCCGUAUCUUUCACGAGUUCUUGAGUGACGAGAGCGGCCCUGUCAAUCACCGUGACGCCAUCAAGACCUUGAUCCGUCUAAAGCAGCAGCGUCUCAGCGUUUCCCUCGAUAUCCUGCGGUCCUACAACCGAGAAUUUGCCACUGCCCUCUUGCACGAGCCCAAUGAAUAUCUGCCAGCAUUCGACCGAGCUCUGAGGGGCCUGGUCGAGGAGUUGCACAACCCUAUCAAGGAGAGUCAGUGGUUCCGCGAGACUGCCUUCUAUGUCGGUCUCAAGGGCAGCUUUGGUGAGAAUGCUGUCAGCCCGAGGACAUUGCGAAGUAUCCAUCUCGGAAGGAUGGUUGCGCUCGAAGGAAUUGUUACCAAGUGCUCACUCGUCCGCCCAAAGGUUGUAAAGUCGGUUCACUACUGUGAAGCUACCGACCAGUUCCACUACAGGGAAUACCGAGAUGCCACCAUGCUCGGUAAUGCUGUUCCCUCGACCUCCGCAUACCCUAUCGAGGACGAAAACAAGAACCGCCUCGUCACCGAGUUUGGCCUCAGCACUUUCCGUGACCAUCAGACUAUCGCCAUUCAGGAAAUGCCCGAGAGAGCUCCUCCUGGACAACUUCCUCGCAGUGUCGAGAUUGUAAUGGACGAGGACCUAGUCGACAGCUGCAAGCCGGGAGACCGAGUUCAACUUGUCGGCAUGUAUCGCAGCAUGGGUAACAGAGUCGGACAGAGUCAGACCUCAACAUUUCGCACAAUCAUGAUCGGCAAUUCGAUCCACCUCCUGAGCUCCAAGUCAGGCGGCGGUCUCGCGUCUACGCCCCUCACUGACCUUGACAUCCGACACAUCAACAAGAUUGCAAAGCGUCGCAAUGUCUUCCAGCUCCUUUCUCAAUCCCUCGCUCCCUCAAUCUACGGUCAUGACUACAUCAAGAAGGCUAUCCUCCUCCUGCUUCUCGGAGGCGUGGAGAAGAAUCUGCCCAACGGCACACAUAUUCGUGGAGACAUCAAUAUGCUGAUGGUUGGUGAUCCCUCGACGGCCAAGAGUCAGAUGCUUCGAUUCGUGCUGCAUACCGCACCUCUUGCUAUUGCAACCACCGGUCGAGGAUCCUCGGGAGUCGGUCUGACCGCGGCCGUCACAACAGACCGCGAGACUGGAGAGCGGCGUCUUGAGGCGGGUGCCAUGGUCUUGGCUGAUCGCGGAGUCGUCUGCAUUGAUGAGUUUGACAAGAUGGGUGAAACUGAUCGAGUCGCCAUUCACGAAGUCAUGGAGCAGCAAACGGUCACAAUUGCCAAGGCUGGUAUCCACACAUCUCUCAACGCACGGUGCAGUGUCGUGGCUGCCGCCAACCCUAUCUAUGGCCAAUACGACCCUCACAAGGACCCUCACAAGAACAUCGCUCUGCCGGACUCCCUGCUGUCCCGUUUCGAUCUGCUCUUCGUAGUGACCGAUGACGUUGACGAAGUGCGGGACCGAGCUAUCUCAGAGCACGUCUUGCGAAUGCAUCGGUACCUGCAGCCGGGGCUGGAAGAGGGUGAGCCUCAAAAGGACUCCUUGGACCAGAACCUCUCUGUUGGAGGCAAUGAUGAUGCUGAAAAGGACGACAGCGCUCCUCGCGAUGAGGGACCAUGGGAGAAGUUCAAUCCGCUCCUCCACGCGGGCAUCACCCCAAGCGUGUCUUCCUCGUCCUCGAAGCAGCCCGAGAAGCAAGUACUCUCCCUCGCUUUCAUCAAAAAGUACAUCUCGUACGCCAAGGCUCGUGUCACGCCGGUGCUGACAAAGGGAGCUGCAGAGUGGAUCGUCAACGUCUACUCCAACCUGCGGAACGAUGAGCUCUCCGGCAAUCAGAGGAAGACUUCGCCAUUGACCGCUCGUACCCUCGAGACGCUCAUCCGACUGGCCACUGCACAUGCCAAGUCGCGCCUGAGUGCAAAGGUGGAGGAGCGUGAUGCAAUGGUCGCCGAGGAGAUCUUGCGCUUUGCCCUAUUCAAGGAGGUCGUCAAGGUCCGACGAGGUGGUCGCGACGGUAAGAGGAGGAAGACGGACCGCGGCAGCAGGAGUCCGGACAGCGAUGAGGAGAGCGGAAGCGAGGCUGAAGAGCCAGAGGCAGACAAGCGAAUGGAGAUGCCUGCUUACGCAGGUACCGGAGCUUACUCGACAAGAGCCGCCAGGAGAGACGACCCCUCUUCACCUUCACCUGAAGUUGAGAUGAAUGCCGACCCCAAUGGAGAGAGACUUUCUGCUACUCCGCAGGCACCACCAACAGCGGCAGCAGCUCCAGCAGCGGCUGCCCCGCCCCCUGCUGCUCUAGCACCACCACCGCCUGCCCCUGCCUCGUCAUCGCAAUUGACAGAGGAGCGUCUCGCCCAUUUCAGAGAGGUCCUGUCCACCCUCCUCUCACCGGAGGGCGCACUGGCAGAGGAGGACGAGAUCACCAUCGAGUCACUCUUGCCCAUCGUCAAUGGCGGAAUGAGGGCGGAAGAUCUGUUCUCACAUAUUGAAGUGACGCAAGCCCUGGAGAGGAUGAAUGAGAGCUCCGAGGUGAUGUUCAGCAACGGCGUCGUCUACCGAAUCUGAAGGGCUGACGAAGGAAUGAAGGAAGAUGAUCGUCACCGCUCGCC